UUGCAAAGUAUACUUUGGGAUUAAUCAUGUAGUGCUUGCGUGCAAUGAAUAAUAAUAAAAUAUUGAAUGCAAAAUUAUUAUGCACUUCAAGUUGGUAAUUAGUGAAUGAAAUGUGUAAUUGGUAAAUGAAAGAGGAUUAAUAGGUGAUUAGUGAAAUAAGUAGGGUUAAAAUUGUAAAAAGUCAUCAUGGACUUUGUACUUCAACACAAAUCUCACCUCUUGGUGUGAAAUUCUCAAGUCCAUGGGGUCCACGGAUUUGGACCCUUAAAGUCUAUGGCCCCACGGAUUCAUUCCUUCUAAAUCCAUCAAAUAAACGACGGAUUGUGUACAAAGUCCAUGAUGCUUGGUUUUUAAGUAUCAAAUCCAUAAUUAAUUCCAUAAAGCGAACGAGGCUUAAGAUUGGACAAGAAUGAGUGGGGGGAGUCGGUGGGUGGACGGUGGUAGUGGGCUUGGUUCGGUUUGAAUUCCACCGUGAUAAUAAUGCCGCCGGGCCGGUGCAAGACAACCUACUUCCAAACGGUAACAAGGAAAAAAACUCUUACGUAAUUAAUCCACCAAAACAAUCACUAAAAAAAAUAAUAGAAUGAGACGUUAGAGGGAAAAAAGCGCCAUUAAUUAGCAUGAAAUUAAUCUCGGCAUAUAAUAAUGAGAUGGGACUAGAGGUUCAUCAUCCCAUGACAAUAUUUAUAGAGCAAAACCUGAUUAAUUAUACGUUAAUACUCAUUAGAGCAAUUCACUUGCAAAGUAGGACAUACAAAAAAGCAAUUGAACCUAAGUUUUUGUACAUAGUAUAGUUAUGUAGUUUACUUAAAUAUAUUUGGAGAAACAAUUACUGGAAUAAUGAGAAAAACAAAGAUAACAAAAUAACGGAGGAAACCGGCAAUAACCGGUUGAUUGUGCACGGCAGAAUCCCGCUCGUGUCCACUCCAUAUAUACCCCAAAACCAUAUCCUCUGUUUCUUCACUCCCAUCUCUCGACUGCCAACCUCACUCUCUCUCUCUCUCUCUCUAACCAUAAUCGUCGGCCACCUCUCCAAUUUCAACUCCCCAGCCCAAAACAAUACCAUCAGCAAGAUGACGAAAGAAGUAGUCGGAGAAGGAGGUUCCUUCACGGCGAAGGACUACCACGACCCACCGCCGGCCCCGCUGAUAGACGCGGCGGAGCUGGGCCAGUGGUCCUUCUACAGAGCCUUGAUCGCCGAGUUCAUCGCCACCCUCCUCUUCCUCUACAUCACCGUCCUCACCGUCAUCGGCUACAAGUCCCAGUCCGACCCUCUCCACAACAAGGGCGACCCCUGCGCCGGCGUCGGCAUCCUCGGCAUCGCCUGGGCCUUCGGCGGCAUGAUCUUCGUCCUCGUCUACUGCACCGCCGGCAUCUCCGGUGGCCACAUUAACCCGGCGGUGACAUUCGGGCUGUUUCUGGCGAGGAAGGUGUCGUUGAUAAGGGCGGUGAUGUACAUGGUGGCUCAAUGCUUGGGGGCAAUUUGUGGUGUUGGGUUGGUGAAGGCGUUUCAGAAGUCUUACUACACAAGGUACGGCGGCGGGGCAAAUUCUCUUAACGAUGGCUACAGCACCGGCACCGGAUUGGGCGCGGAGAUCAUCGGAACUUUCGUGCUGGUUUACACCGUCUUCUCCGCCACCGACCCCAAGAGGAACGCUCGCGACUCCCAUAUCCCUGUAUUGGCACCACUUCCCAUUGGAUUUGCUGUCUUCAUGGUUCAUUUGGCUACAAUUCCGAUCACCGGCACCGGAAUCAACCCGGCGAGGAGCUUCGGAGCUGCUGUCAUCUUCAACCAAGAGAAGCCCUGGGAUGACCAUUGGAUCUUCUGGGUUGGACCCUUCAUCGGAGCUGCGCUGGCGGCCUUCUUUCACCAGUUCAUCUUGAGAGCCGGGGCUGUCAAGGCUCUUGGGUCGUUCAGGAGCAGCGCCAGUGCUGUGUAGAGUGCCAUUUUGCUUGUGUGCUUAAAGAGUUGAAAGGAUGGUUGACGGAGAAAGGAGUUAGUAGGUCAAAGUUGGUCGAGGGCUCUGUUACGUUAUUCUUGUUGGUUGCAGUGGAUCUUCUAAUUAUUUGCUGUAGAAUUCUGUGGGCGGUAGCUCUCUUGCUUGUAUUCGAUCUUAAUUAUUUCUUCUUCUUCUUCGAUCUUCUUCCAUUUCUGGAUUUCUUCUGUGCCUUGUUAUCUGCUCUUCCUAUCAAUAUAGUGAACAAAGCAUGCUCCUCCGGCCACAAGUGGGUACCAAUUCCCUUUCUUCUGCAGCGUGACUGCUUCAGUUUCAACUGAGACGCUAAAAUUUGGGUCAUCUUAUUUUCUUAAUAUCAAAUUUAAAUUUAUUUUUAAAGAAUAACUGGAUUAUCGUAUAGCCCAUAGGGCUUGUUUGAAGACUUGGAGUCUAAAUUUCUAGAUUCUAGACAAUCUAAAGAUUUUAACUCUCAGAAUUGUUGAAAAAAGAUUUAAAAAUGUUCAUUGUUUGGUAACUAUGAUUGUUAACAUUCAAUGAAAAAAGAAAUUCUAUUUUUUUUUAUCACAUAACAUGUUUAUCCUUAACCAAAAUAAUUAGACUGCCUUGAAAAUUUGAGAAUUUAUUGGUAAGGGUAUUUCGUGGGAUAAAUGAAAAAAAACAAGAGAUAUAAUAGGAGGGAGAAAAUCACCAAAAUCAAGAUGUAGAAUCUCU